UUGUGGAUUAGAAGUCUUUCUAAUAUGCGUUUUGAAAAACAUUCAAAGAACAGUUGCAAGAAUUACUCAUUUAAUUCUUAUGUACCUUCUGUGUAGAUUCACCAGUUAUUAACAUUUUGCCUCAUUCACAUUACCACUUUCUACAUAAUAUUGCUUUAACUUAACAAGUUGAGAAUAGAUUAUAGACAUCUUAAAGUUUUAUUCCUAAAUACUUUAGCCAGCCAUCCCCACCCCCACCUGGUCAUGCUACAGUGAUAAAAUUCAAAAAGUUAAACAUUGCUACAACGGUAAUAUCUAAUACAGUCCAUGUUUUUUUCUGAUUAUCCCAAGAAUGAUCUUUGUAGUGACUUCACCCCCCCAGCACAACACCGUGCAUUGCUUCCUGUUGUGUAACUUUUGUUGCUUUCAGAACAUGUCACUUUUGUUCAGAAACAGAGAAUGGUCUUAUGACUCUUCUACCAGCUUUGCUGAAGAAAAAAAGACAUUAGGGAUUUCAGAGAUUAUUUGCUGGAGGAAAAACAAAACAAAACAAAUUGCCCAGGGAAAAGAGAGACUUUUUAUUUUUAAAACUUUGGCUGGAUUUUGGUGUCUUGACUCAGCAAAGUCUAUAAUGCAGCAGGGCCUGGUAAGCAUUAAAGGGGGUAGUGAAGCUUAUUUUAUUUCAUAAUCCCAGUUGUUUUUCUAGAAACCAUCAAUAGCCUCUAAAUGACUGACUCAAUUUUUGGAUCCUAAUCUCAUGACUAAGCAAAUGUUUGAUUUGAAACCAGCCCAGUAUAACUGUCUGUGUGCCUCUAACUCUCUGUAGCUAUUCCUGUGUUUCUUUCAGCACCGGGGAAGUCAACUUCUCCACUAAAGAUGUCUAAAACUGGAACCAAGAUCACUUUCUAUGAAGACAAAAAUUUUCAAGGCCGCCACUAUGACUGUGGUUGCGACUGUGUGGAUUUCCACUCAUACCUAAGUCGCUGCAACUCCAUUAGGGCGGAAGGGGCCACCUGGGCUGUGUAUGAAAGGCCCCACUUUGCUGGGCACGUGUACAUCUUACCUCAGGGCGAGUACCCUGAGUGUCAGCGCUGGAUGGGCCUCAACGGCCGCCUGGGCUCCUGCAGAGCCGUCCCUCUGUCUAGCAGAGGCCAGUAUAAGAUUCAGAUCUUUGAGAAAGGGGAUUUUAAUGGUCAGAUGUAUGAAACCACCGAAGAUUGCCCUUCCAUCGUGGAGCAAUUUCACAUGCGAGAGAUCCACUCCUGUAAGGUGCUGGAGGGUGUCUGGAUUUUCUAUGAGCUACCCAACUACCGUGGCAGACAGUACCUCCUGGACAAGAAGGAAUACCGCAAGCCCAGUGACUGGGGUGCAGGUUCACCUGCUGUCCAGUCCUUCCGCCGCAUUGUGGAGUAAUGACAUGGAUAAGGCCUAAUGCUGAGGGCCGAAUGCUCACUGGCCUUGUGGUACAAAUAGGCAUCAUCAAUAAAACAAUUGGUUUGCAUCCCACUGCCAACUACGGUGCCUCUUAAACGCUUCUAGGGACCAGCAGUGUAGUGCCUGCCACCAUGGGUAGUUACAAAGUAACUUAUCUAUCAGAUUACCAAUCUAGAUUUCUGUGCCAAAGAAAAUGAGACUGCAUUAAAAGGUUAGCAAACCAUA